UCUUAACAUAUAUCUGCAAAUCUUCCUCUCUCCUAUGCUAUACCUACCACCAAGCAAGCAAGAAUAAUGAAUCCAAGCAAUAAUCCCUCACAGCCUAAGACUGCCUCACCUCCCCCAUCAUUUGUGAAGAAGUUCCCUGAAGGGCAAUGGACCUCUGGCCUAUGCGAUUGUUUUGAUGAUCCCUCUAAUUGUCUGAUAACCUGCUGUUGUCCUUGCAUCACCUUUGGGCAAAUAGCCGAGAUUAUUGAUAAAGGGAAUACAUCAUGUGGGCUUGCAGGACUUCUGUACUAUGCCACGGCCUCAAUUGGUUGCGGAUGGCUAUAUGCAUGUACUUACCGCUCUAAACUACGCGGACUCUUCUCGCUACCAGAAGCUCCCUGUGCCGAUUGGUUGGUACACUGUUGCUGUUGUGCUUGCUCUCUGUGUCAGGAGUAUAGGGAACUCAAGAAUCGGGGUGUCGAUCCCUCCAUUGGUUGGCAAGCAAAUGUUGACGAGUGGAGCCGGGAGAGACUCCAGCCCCCAUUUGUUGCACCAGGCAUGGAUCGUUAAAAACUAUGUGCUCAGAAAUUCAAAAAUCGUUUUUUUAAUAUUUUAUAUAUGUGUAAAAAAAAUUCAGGUGUUUAUUUGUUUAUGAUUGUGAGCAUGAAUGUAAAUUAAGUUUGUUAUUAUGAAAUCAUGUACAUCUUUCUUUUUGGGUUGGAUUCAUUUUGGUGUAUCGUAAACCACUUGCAUGUAUUAAUAUGUAGGUAGUUAUGAUAUAUAUAAAACUGGUUAAUCUAAUAAACUUAAUUCAUUUCAUUUUAGAGACAA